CAAAUAGUUAAGUGUCUAGUCACGGCCAACAAAGCAAUCGCCGCCAUUUCACUCUGCUAGUCGUCAAGAAGAAGAGCAUAUCCACAGCGAUCCACAGCGAACCACAGCCACCUUCUCCGCUCUUCAAACAAACACACAAACCCUCCCUCACUAUACUCUCCACUACUCUAUCUUCUACUCUCAGUUAGGGUUUCACUUCCAUGGCCACCACUGUCUUCCGCUCCCCUAUUGUCUCCCCCUGCACCUCCAUUUCCACUUCCCAACCCCACCACCGCAUCUUCCUCCAUUUUCCUCAACGCUUCCGAUUCAGCUUCACCUCACACACACCACAACAUUCUCCCACCUUCGCUAUUUCUUGCUCCGCCCAAUCCGAAUUUCCCGCUCCUCGCCGCCGCCCUCCGUACAUUCCGAACCACAUCCCGGACCCAAACUAUGUUCGGAUUUUCGACACCACCCUCCGCGACGGCGAGCAGUCCCCCGGUGCCUCCAUGACCUCCAAGGAGAAGCUCGACAUUGCGCGCCAGCUCGCGAAGCUCGGCGUAGACAUCAUCGAGGCUGGCUUCCCCGCCGCCUCCAACGAGGACUUCGAGGCCGUCAAGAUGAUCGCCAAGGAGGUCGGUAACGCCGUCGACGCCGACGGCUACGUUCCUGUCAUUUGCGGCCUCUCCAGGUGCAACGAGAAGGACAUCCGGACUGCCUGGGAGGCCGUGAAGUACGCCAAGAGGCCCAGGAUCCACACGUUCAUCGCCACCAGCGCCAUUCACAUGGAGUUCAAGCUCAGAAAAACCAAAGAACAGGUAGUUGACAUUGCUCGCAAUAUGGUCAAGUUCGCUCGCAGCUUAGGAUGCGAAGACGUCGAGUUCAGUCCCGAAGAUGCUGGAAGGUCGGAUAGGGAGUUUCUUUAUGAAAUUUUAGGUGAAGUUAUCAAGGCCGGGGCAACAACCCUAAACAUACCUGAUACUGUGGGCAUAAAUAUGCCGAGCGAAUUUGGAAAGUUGAUUGCUGAUAUAAAAGCUAAUACUCCUGGAAUUGAAAACGUUAUUAUUUCGACCCACUGCCAAAAUGAUCUUGGACUCUCUACUGCAAACACCAUUCAGGGUGCACAUGCUGGUGCAAGGCAAUUGGAAGUAACUAUUAACGGGAUCGGUGAAAGGGCUGGUAAUGCCUCACUUGAAGAGGUUGUGAUGGCCUUGAAAUGUGGAGAACAUGUCUUUGGUGGUCUUUAUACUGGGAUCAAUGCAAAACACAUCUAUAUGACAAGCAGGAUGGUUGAAGAGUACACUGGUUUGCAGUUACAACCUCACAAAGCUCUUGUGGGAGCUAAUGCCUUUGCUCAUGAAAGUGGCAUACACCAGGAUGGGAUGUUAAAACAUAAAGGAACAUAUGAAAUAAUAUCUCCUGAGGAUAUUGGGUUUGAAAGGGCCAAUGAAGCUGGUAUUGUACUUGGCAAGCUUAGUGGACGCCAUGCUUUGAGAAGGCGACUUGAAGAGCUUGGUUAUGAGCUUAAAGACGAGCAAGUUGAGAGUUUAUUUUGGCGAUUCAAAGCAGUGGCCGAGCAAAAGAAGGUAACAAAAGCUAGUGAUUUUCUUCCUCAUCUUACUCUGCAAGUGCUACUGAGAGUUACUGAUGCUGACCUCCGAGCAUUGGUAUCCGAUGAAGUUUUUCAGGCAGAGCCUAUCUGGAAGCUUGGUGAUUUGCAGGUGACUUGUGGCACUCUUGGUCUUUCAACAGCAACCGUAAAACUUAUUGGUCUUGAUGGUACAACACAUGUUGCUUGUUCUGUGGGUACAGGACCUGUUGAUUCAGCUUACAAGGCUGUUGAUCUGAUUGUGAAGGAACCAGUAACACUUCUUGAGUACUCAAUGAAUGCAGUCACAGAAGGCAUUGAUGCAAUUGCCACUACUAGAGUUGUAAUUAUAGGGGACAAGAGUCGUACAUCUACUCAUGCUUUAACUGGGGAAACUGUCCAUCGAACAUUUAGUGGUAGUGGAGCUGGAAUGGAUGUUGUUGUGUCCAGUGUGAAAGCCUAUAUUGCUGCAGUAAACAAGAUGCUGGGUUUUAAGGAUAUAGCUGCACCUGCAUCUGCAUCUGCAUCUGCUGAAAAGGACAAUUGCCAAGUCUAGCCGAAAUACAUGGUAAGUGAUGAUUUAAGCCAGCGUGAAUAGCAUAACUUCACCGCUAAUUAAAAAUUUUCUCCUGCGUCAUUCUUUAUUUUCAAUUUUGAUGCCCGAGUUGACUGGGUGAGUCAUAUUUUUAAGGGCCAAGUCAAGGUAAUACAAGUAGUAACUUAUCUUUUGUCGUAGUGGUGGUAGUAAUAAAUUUAUUCAAUGCCAACGGCCAUUCUUUAUCAACAUAUCUUAUGUCCUGUGAGAAGAAUAUCAGUACCUACUACCUAGUACGCAAUUAUACGAGCUAGUGUGGCUUCUACCAGCAUAAAAUCUGUAUUGAAAGGAAUUUAUUACGGUAGUUGUUUUUGAUUGGGCAUGCUACUCUUUUUUACAUCUAGUAAUUUUCUAUAGUUGGCCAGCAAUUAGGAUGAUACCAGAUUACCAGAGACGUUCAAAUUUUGUCAGGGAAACCUAUCUUUGUGUUAUGACUGUGAACCCAAGAUGGGAUCACGUGUUCUCAGUAUUUGUUGGCUGGAUCUCUAAGUUAGUAGAUGGGGCUCUGUUUGCUGGUAUUGAAGGUAUCUCUCUUUACUAGCAUUUCUUAAUGUGAAUAAAUAUGUUGAAUCAUGUUAAGGAUGUC